GGGCAUCACACACCUUCGUACGACAGCGUACCAUCCACAGGCAAACGGAAUUAUAGAGACGUUCCACCGCACCUUGAAGGCAGCAAUUAUGUGUACGCCAAGCCCAAUAAGUUGGUCUCGCGAACUUCCAGUCAUACUCCUGGGUUUGCGAUCGGCUCAUAAGGCUGAUGUAGAUGCCACUCCCGCGCAAUUCGUCUACGGUACAACUCUCAGUCUUCCAGGCGAGAUGUUCGAGCCAGCUGAACACUCCUCCCCUUCGGAAUUUGUUCAACAACUGAUUAACACCAUGCAUAAAGUUAAACCUACCGAUACAGCGCAUCAUACGAAGAGAGAGGUGUUUGUAAACCCUGCGUUGAACGAUGCAACUCACGACUUCAUCCGAAACGACACCGCUAAACCAUCGCUUACACCACCAUACGAUGGACCGUUUAAAAUUGAAGAACGCAACCCCAAAAGUUACAAGAUACAAAUAUGCAACAGAGCAGUAAACGUAUUCAUAAAUCGCCUCAAACCAGCCUCAAAACACCUCAUACUAUUCAACCAGAAGUAACAACUGAAACUGCAGACCUAGAUCCAACUACCGACAGUGCUGCGAAAUCAUCGUUGACAAUAAAAGUAACACGACGUGGACGCAUCAUACGACUUCCAGUACGCUUCGCUGCCUAAAAGUCUGGUAUGGUUAGAAUGGAAGGCAUAUAUUAAAAGAAAACUUGGGGACAACAAAAGAGAACAGUUGGCAACUGGUGGUGGUCGAAACAGGCAACAUAGUUUUAAUGAAAUGGAAGAAAAAGUAAUCCGGUUCACUGCUUUAGAGACGAGCACGCAUGGCAUAAAAAACACGGUGAGCGUUGGAUUACCUGAGCCAGUGGGCGGAGAAAAUGCUGAAGCUGUUGCUGACGUGUCAAUGGCCUUUGGCGUGUAUCUUGUUGUAAUGGCUUUCGGAGCUACCAGGCGGAGGUGAACGGAAAGGUGUCAUCAACCAUGGUUCCAAGGAGUAUCCAGCAUCCCCUGAACGUGGAAAAACGAUUUUUAUAAAUUUUCACUUAAAUUUUGUUUACCUACCCAAAAUCCAGGUGUUACGUUCACCAUUUAAGUAGUUCCUCUCAAAGAAACAUCUCGCAUUGCUGACGUUCAUUAUAUGGGAAUCGCGAUUGCUUCCU